AACGCUCUCGUGUUACCGACAUUUCAUGCACGCAGCGCGUAACACAACCAAAAUUGGGGGCACUGCAUUACCCGCUCGAAAAACGGGCGUAUAGCACGGACACGCACCAAGUGGAGACUUUAUCGGCAGUGCUUGGAAAUAGUUGCAGAAAUGAAAAUGGGCGUGAGGCGCUGGAGUCAGUCGAGCGAAAACUGUAUCAGGUACAACGCCGGCGUGGCCGCUUUCGAGUUUCUCUCCGAUCUCUCCGGUUGACAUUAAAAACAUCGACAAGAAUAAACGAUUAUCUCCGAAAGAAACGUCGAACUUGGAUACUUAGAGGCAUCGCCCUGAUCGCCCUGCGCCCAGUAGACAUACAUGUUGCAGGUGGAGAUACGGAUGGUGGCGACGCGUAAAUGUUUCGCGGGCGUCGUAAUGGAUUGACCGGCUAACCGUACGCGAGGGACGCUACGGAAAUUGGCGCGCAACACCCGCGAGAGUGACCGUCGAUCUACGUAGAGGACGAGAGGUUGGGUUUCCAUACUUGGCGACGUAACACGCGGUACGCAGUGCGAGGAAAUUUUGAUUCCUCACGCUGCAAAUCGAACUCGCUAGUCGCGACACCGCUGCUCCGUGCCGUGAACCGAAUUGCAAAGCAGCCGCCGGGGACACUGAGAUGAGCACUCAGCAAAGCCCGGCUGCCCUGCAGUCCACCGUAGACCGCGAGAAGGUCUACGCGUGGAUAAUCGAGCUGUCGAAUCCGGAAACGAGGGAGAACGCUCUCCUAGAAUUGAGCAAGAAGCGUGAAGUAGUGCCCGACCUAGCACCUAUGCUGUGGCAUUCGUUCGGCACUACGGCAUCCCUUUUGCAAGAAAUCAUUAAUAUUUAUCCGGCAAUCAACCCUGCCACUCUCACAGCUUAUCAGAGCAACCGGGUAUGUAACGCUCUGGCGCUGCUGCAAUGCGUGGCCAGUCAUCCUGAAACGAGAUCCGCAUUCCUGCAGGCACACGUCCCGUUGUUCCUAUAUCCAUUUCUGCAUACGGUAAGUAAGACGCGACCGUUCGAAUAUCUGCGUUUGACGAGUCUCGGUGUGAUUGGCGCGCUGGUGAAAACCGACGAGCAAGAAGUCAUCACCUUCCUUCUCACCACCGAGAUCAUUCCGCUUUGUUUACGAAUCAUGGAAAGCGGCUCGGAGCUAAGUAAGACCGUGGCAACAUUUAUAUUGCAAAAGAUACUGCUGGACGACAGCGGCCUGUCCUACAUCUGCCAAACCUACGAUAGAUUCAGUCAUGUCGCCAUGAUAUUAGGAAAGAUGGUUUUAUCCUUAGCCAAGGAUCCUUCUGCAAGAUUAUUGAAACAUGUAGUACGAUGUUACCUAAGACUCUCGGACAAUCCAAGAGCAUUGUUAGCCUUGAGACAGUGCUUGCCGGACCAGCUGAGAGAUAAUACCUUUGCGACAUGUUUGCAAGAAGACGCCUCGACUAAGCAUUGGUUAAACUUGCUCCUUAAGAAUCUCGAGACAGGCCCGCAACAGGUUCCGCCGCCUCAGCAAGGCCAACCAGAUCCCAGGACGUCGAUUGGUAUAUCGCCACUUGCAUCUUAAAUUAUCCUCUUUCCCCCCCCCCCCCCUAAUGAUAUUUGGUAUACGAGAACGGACUUCGAGCAGUUUUGUCUGUAAAUCGUUCUACAGAAGGAUAUAUCCUUCUUUUACGAAAAGGUGUAUAGUAAUCAACGCCAUGCCUACUGCACAUUGUUACAUGUAAUCAUAAAUGAGCUGUGAAAUGUAGUGAUAUCGUCGGUAAGUAUAUCGUCAGUUUGGCAAUUCAAGUACAUUAUGAUCGCUGUAAAUAUGUAUAAACGCUGAUAGCGAGAUCCAAAUUAAUUGUAUCGGUUUGAUUUCUACAGACAUUGAGUUCUUCCUCGAAUCUUAAGGUUAUCGAGUAAUAGUCUUAACAAAUAUCUUAAAAAUCAAAAAUACAAUUUUGUGCGAGCAGAGGUAUUAUGGUAUAGGAAUUUUAAUAUGCGAUAUGUAACAUACGUAAUGUAUGGGGACAAUAUACAUAUAAAAUUUGCAA